UCCACUUGGAGGGGCGUAGGGUUUCCUUAGAGGACCUUGGUCAAGUUCGGAACAGUCAGGGGCCUCACACUCUGCAGCCAUGUCGGACGCGGUGGUCAGUUUCUUAAAGGACUUUUUGGCAGGUGGUAUCGCUGCUGCCAUCUCUAAAACUGCUGUCGCUCCUAUUGAGAGAGUCAAGUUGUUGCUGCAGGUCCAGCAUGCCAGCAAACAGAUCACUGCAGAGACUCAGUACAAGGGAAUCAUUGACUGUGUGGUGAGGAUUCCGAAGGAACAGGGCAUCAUCUCCUUCUGGAGAGGCAACCUGGCCAACGUGAUCCGUUACUUCCCCACUCAAGCCCUUAACUUCGCCUUCAAAGACAAGUACAAGAAGAUCUUCCUCGGUGGUGUGGAUCAAAAAACACAGUUCUGGCGUUACUUCGCCGGCAAUCUGGCAUCUGGCGGCGCUGCUGGUGCGACCUCGCUUUGCUUCGUCUAUCCUCUUGACUUCGCCAGAACAAGACUCGCUGCAGACAUCGGCAAGGGCCCAGCUGAGAGAGAGUUCACCGGUCUUGGAAACUGCAUCACAAAGAUCUUCAAAACCGAUGGCAUCAAGGGUCUGUACCUGGGAUUCAACGUGUCAGUGCAGGGUAUCAUCAUCUACAGAGCGGCCUACUUCGGGUGCUUCGACACAGCUAAAGGUAUGCUGCCAGAUCCUAAAAACACACACAUCGUCAUCAGCUGGAUGAUCGCCCAGACUGUAACCGCUGCUGCAGGUAUCAUCUCAUACCCCUUCGACACCGUCAGACGUCGUAUGAUGAUGCAGUCUGGACGUAAAGGAGCUGACAUCAUGUAUAAGGGCACAAUCGACUGCUGGAGGAAGAUCUUGAAAGACGAGGGAGCAAAGGCCUUCUUCAAGGGUGCCUGGUCCAACGUGAUCAGAGGAAUGGGUGGCGCCUUCGUGUUGGUGCUGUACGACGAGAUCAAGAAGAUCGCAAAUUAAACUGUCUAAUCUCCCAGCCCCCCUCAAGGAAACCCUUCGCUUUGUUAAGUCUUAAUUGUUGUGAUAGAGUGAUAACAGCUAGUGGUGAAUCAGGGUGGGCAUGUUCUCCUCUGAGAUAGGCCGCGACGGGUGGGUUCAGUUAUCCUAACCCGGGCUAACGUGCCACCCAGAAAUCUGUACAUAUAUACCCCAACAACGACGUGCCAAAACGCACAAUCAGUCAGGCAGGUGUUUUACUGGAGAUGGUGUGAUGACGCAAAUGGUGACAUCACUACCAGCCUCCUCUUGUUAGUUUCACUUUGUGAAGUUAUGUUGUGACUACUCUGAUCCACGUAUCCAAUCUCACACUUAAUUUUAUUAAGAAUAAAGAUUUAUUAGUCUUAUA